AUGGACAGCGAGGGUGGUGUGGCUACGACUCCAGCGAGCUUAGACAGGAAAUUCUCUCAAGUUUUUGGUCCACAUGUAGCUGGAGACGAGGUUAGGUCUGUAUUGCUUACCCCAAAACCGCUACACCGACCAAAAUUCAACCAAGGCUUUUCCAUUGUGAUUUACGGAUUGGAUGCGUUUCAGUGUUAUGUUUUUGGCCCAGUUUUCGUGGGACAGGAGGAUCCCCCUUUUGGUGCAACAGUGAUAAUGAAGCGGGCAAAUGAUUUCCUUUGUGAUUCACAUGUUUAGAGGCAGAGCACACUGUUCAUUUGGUUGGUCGUUUUCCCAUUCUAAUUAUAAUUCAUUAUUUUAUUAAUUAUGCCCAUGUAAUUAGGUAAAGUUAUAUCUAAGAAUUUGGAGUCUAGAAAUCAAGUUGUUUUCAAUUUUUAUGUCUCUACAAAUUAAGUGAAGUUGUUGUACAUUAAUG